AUCACUCUAGGCAAAUGUCUUGUCAUAUAAUUAAUGGUGCACAUGAAUGGGUUAACAUACAGUCAAGGGAAUGGAUGUAGCUACAAACUCGAGCAAGAUUUCCUUGUCAUGUGUUGCCAUCCUUAUUGUCUUGGCAUUUUAAAUCUCGCUACUCGAUCGAACGAUAUCUAAAUAAAUCGAAUAGUGAAAUUAUAUUAGAGUUAUUUUUAAAAUUAUUUUUUCAAAUAGAACAUUAUUUAAUAUAUUGUUUUAAAAUAAAAAUAAAAGGAACUCCAUCUUUUUUCUUCGUGGUUCUCUUUUUUCAUUCCUAAUUUAUUGAUCGAUGCUUUUCAGAGUUUUUCCUGCUCACUUCGCUUUGGAGUGCUCGUCAAGUUCAUGCCCUGUCCGUAGGAGAGAGAGUUGAGAGGGGGGUUUGACUGACGGGGUUUUGGUGGAGAGAAUUCGACAAAAGAGGGGAGGAGGGAGGAAAUGUCUCCGACGGUGGUUCCGUCGUCGGUGGCUAAACAAGCGGAACUGCUGAGGAAAGACGGCAACAAUUACUUCAAGAAAGAUCGAUUUGGAGCCGCUAUCGAUGCUUAUACCGAGGCUAUUACUCUAUGCCCAAAUGUUCCUGUGUAUUGGACGAACCGUGCGCUAUGUCAUAGGAAACGCAACGAUUGGACAAAAGUUGAGGAGGACUGUAAGAGAGCUCUUCAGCUUGAUUGCAAUUCUGUCAAGGCCCAUUAUAUAUUAGGACUCGCAUUGUUACAGAAGGAAGAAUACGCUGAAGGAGUGAGGGAACUGGAAAAAGCUUUGGAUCUGGGGAGGGGUGCAAACCCUAAAGGUUAUAUGGUAGAGGAAAUUUGGCAGGAGCUUGCCAAAGCAAAAUAUCUGGAGUGGGAGCAUGCAUCAAGCAAGCGUUCGUGGGAACUGCAGAACUUGAAAGAAGCUUGUGAGACAGCUCUAAAAGAAAAGUAUCUACUUGAGACUGAAGGAUUUUUAGAUGAAUUCAGUAAUUCGAAUUUGGAGCAAUUGGAGGCUCUAGGACAAGUGUUCAGAAAAGCUGUAGAAACUGACAUACCAGCUGAGGUUCCAGAUUACUUAUGUUGUAAAAUUACACUUGAUAUACUCCGCGAUCCUGUCAUUACUCCAAGUGGAGUGACGUACGAAAGACUUGUGAUCCUCAACCAUCUUCAGAAGGUGGGCAACUUUGAUCCAGUCACACGUGAACCUCUCAAUGAAUCUGACCUUAUACCAAAUUUAGCGAUUAAGGAGGCAGUCCACGCAUUUUUGGAUAAGCAUGGCUGGGCAUACAAAAUGGAUUGAGAGAUGGUUUUCUGUAGUGAAGUCGGAAAGAGUUGUGCUCAACGUGCCAUCGUUUUUGAUUGCCCAUUUGAUGCAUCAUCGGUCUUGUUCCAUGUAUGUACAUAAUAUGUAAGUUUCAUCUGUCUUCGAACUGUACAGGUGCUGAAAGUAAACUGCAUUUCAUAGUUGUGGAGAAAAACAGCCUUUCUUUAAAUUACUUGUGUGGUCAUCAAUGAGUUAUUAGCUACGAUUUUAUUUGCUGAGCUCAGUGGUGUGCAUAGUCGCCACUGAUAUUUUGUUUAAUCAUGUGAGCUUAUGUAUUGCACCAGAACCGUUGACGACUUUGGUCUGUGAUUCCCUGUUCGGUUUACUUUAGGAUUGUCGCAUUUUUUACCCUUCACAGCCGUGUAAGCCUUAUUUUAUAUAUUGUGUUUAUUUAUUGAUGGAAUUUAAUGACAUGCCCAACUAAAUUGAAAA